AAACAAAUGUUCGUAGUUUGGGGUUUCGCUAUCAAUUUGUGAGCAAUAUUCCUUUAUUUGCUGAGCUAAUGAGAAAACACAGUCGAGAACCAACUGUGAGUGCUCAGUUGUAGGUGUUGAGUAUCGAGCGAGCGCCACCAGUCGAUCUGUCGGAGUCCGUGUUUGAAUCGUCGCUAAAGCUGGAUCUGUUGACAGAAACACAAGCAAGACCAGAAUCAUCACCAUCGCUGAACUGAUUGAUUGGAUACGGAUUCUGCAGUUUCCCGCAAGCGACACAAUUUCUCCCUGAUCAUUUUUGUUUUGACCUCGUGGACGAACGACGCGCGGUAGCGGUGGUGGUUGGAUUCAGCCAAAAGUUCUACGAAAAUGCUGGUCUCAUUUCGCUGUGCGAAGCAUUGCUUCGUUGUAUUAAAAUUGCUCCUUUAACGUGCUUAAACGUUCCAUAGACGCUCACCGAAAACCCCAACUACGGAAAAAGAUCACAACUAAAGACUCUAAAUGAUACAAGUUUGUUAGUGUUGCCUAAGUGGGUGUCCAUUUUGUCGAUAUAUAUACGAGUAUAUCUGGAGAAUGUGCGCGUAAUUAUAACAAACACUGGCGUUUUUCGUUUCAGGCGUGAACAAAUUGAAAUACACAGUCGGAUCAAUUAAUAAGUACAUUUUAAUUCAAGCAAAUCUGAUUAAAACUUUAACAAAUAUUCUACGAUAAUAAAUACGUGUGUGUUUACAGUGAGUGAAUAUUUAUAGUUUGAGAAACUAGCUGAAACGUCAUUAAAAUCACGCUCUUACUAACUGGCCUAGCUCACAACGACAGCGUCAACAACUCAACAGCAAAAAGGAAAAACAAUAACAACCAUAAAAAAACAACAAAAAAGUGCAGAAGUGAACUUAUCAUAUUAACAAAUACAGUGUUGAAUAAAUAAUACAAAGUUAAAAAGUUAAACACACAUGAGCAGUGAACAAGAUUACGAUUGUGACAUUGUAUAGGAAAAUCACCAUACAUCGCACACCAAUUCGACUAGCGACUCUGUGUAGUGUCGAAUUGUUAACAACACAAAAAACCCAUUUCAGAAAGUAAUCGAGUGUUGUGCGAAUCGGAAUAAUUUAAGAAAUACCACAUUUUCGGAGAGCGUAAUUUGUUUAUUAUUUUCCACAAAUGAUCAUAUUAUCAGUCAAAAAAUACUAAAAACAAGUAAAAACGUGGCACAAUUAAAGUAGAAAAUAAAGUUGAUAUAUUCAAUAAAGUGCAAAUAAAUUAAUCUGAAUAGUCUGUGUAAUACUGUCGGACAUCGAACGAAAACAGUCAAAGCACCAUGAUGAAUUCGAGCAUUUGACUAGACGCGAUAAGCGCAACAACAAAGCCGAUAGAAAGCUGGAGUGCUGCCUGAUUAAACUGAUAAAUUGCUGCGAACGCGCACAGUGCGAAAUCCACACGAACAAUUAUACUUGAGAAUAAACUAUACAAACAGAGUUUUCAACUUUUUCGAUCGCGAAAACAAAACUUUGCCUUUCAAUAAAUGGAGAAGCCUAAUCACAAAGAACUCCGAUUCCAUUCCAAUGAGCACCAAGUGAGUUACAUGUAUCUGAUAAACAAAAUGCUGCUGAAAAUCGAAAAUACCCUACUUCGAAGCCAUCGUCAACGUGAGACAACAGGAAUAAAGGAGCUGUACAAUUCCUUUUUCGUAUUAUUUUAAACAUUUUAGCUGUGAAGCUUGCAAAUUGUUUCACCAAAACAGCCUUCAGUGUCAAAGUAAAAUAUUUAGUCAACUAGUUCGUGUUACAAAGCUAUAUUCAUUUUAACGAUAUUAAGGAGUUCAAUAUAAAAUAGUAAAUAAAAUAACAGUAGAAAUUAGUGUAAAGAAGCAUACGGUUAUUAGUAAAAUCAAAGUGUAAAUAGCUUCCCUGAAUGUGAAAAAUAAAUAUUGCAAGGUCCCUGUACCUCAAACUCUUAAAAAUUUCAAAAAUAUGUGUUUAUAGUACACACAUUCUGAAGUCCGCCACCAUUUUGCUA